AUACAAAGAGUUGAUAGACUUGAUACAUUCCAAGGUCAUCAAUCUCCCUUGGAGUUUUCUGGCACAAGAAAAUAAGAGCAGAAGCUAUUUGUACCUAGUUGAUCUGGUGCAAUUCCAUGCAUGGGUUUCAGACUGUCGCGAAAAGGGAAAACAAAAGAGACGUGCAGUGAUAGAUAGGGACACGGGUACUGACACGGGUGCUGAGCAUGAUGAGACAAUAAGCACAGGUCAAGUUGAUCACGGAGGUGAAAGUAGAUCUCCGGAGAAAACCUACAGUAAGGAACGUGUUACAAGCGAAGAACAUAGAUCGGAUGUUUCCGAUGUACCCCUGGAUGAUGAAGAAUUAGAGGAGUAUAUGCGGACCGAAAAUGAGAUUGAAAUGGCAAAGAAUUCAUGGGAAGAUCAAGAAAGUUCAGGCGAUCAAAGCGAACAUAACAAUACCAAAAAUAAGGUGUAUAAAAAACGAAAACAAGUCCUUCGCGAGAAAGGCACGUUCAAGAAACGCCGAGUUGAGGAUCGACUUGAGGCAUCACAAUCUGAUGGGUUUGGAGAUACGGAUGGGGAUGAUGUCGCAAGCGAUGCACGCAAAAAAGUAGCAAGAACCGAAAAGAGUUCUGGUGGGGAAUCGAACGCACCCAAGUUAAAGCUUAACUUUGACCCAAGUACCAUCGAUAUGAAUUUGUUUGACCACAUAUAG